GAUAGUUUGAUAAUCAAUUUGUAAUAUCAUUAGUACUGUAUUUUCAUAAUACUGUAUAAUAAGGAUAUAAAAAUGCCUAAAAUGUUGGAUAAAAUAUGUCAAAUAUGUGAAGAUAAAGCAAGUGGUUUUAAUUUUAAUGCCAUUACAUGUGAAUCUUGUAAAGCGUUUUUCAGAAGAAAUGCCACCAAAGAAAAUCAAUUUCACUGUUUUUUGGGCGGUAAAUGCAGAAUAAAUUUAAUGUAUCGAAAGUAUUGCAAAAUGUGUCGAUUGAAGAAAUGUUUUGCUAUGGGAAUGAAAAAAGAUCUAAUACUUAGUGAAGAAGAGAAACAGUUUCGACAAAAUAGAUUGAAAGAGAAGAAGAAACUGAAACAACAGAUUAUCGAUGAGUUGACCAAAAUUGCCGACACGUCUACAGUUGAUGUCGUUAUUAACAGUACCUCACCAUCACUUGUCACACAUAAUGUCAAUGAUUUGUUAGAUUCAAUGGACUCUAAUAACUACGACAAAAAUGAUAAUAAACAAGAGUCUAAAGUCAAUAAUCCUGAUUCAGAUAAUCAGAUUUCAAUUGAUAUCAACCAAAAAUCGUUUGAAUUAUCAAUGAUUCCGAUUUCCAGACAAACUAUAAGUGUUGAGACAUUCAAUGAACAGGAAGGCAAUCGUCUAACUGAACUGUUCAGUGCUAUUAAGACACUAAACAAUAGAUCUCCAAAGCAUUCAAUUGUAAUAAAUCCUGAUCUAAAUGAAGCACUUCGUGUUAUUUAUAAAAAGUUUGAAACAGAUAUCAAAAAAAUUGUCAAAUUUUCUAAAGGAUUGUUUGCAUUCAAUGGUCUUUGCGAUGACGACCAGAUCUGUCUUAUUAAGUAUAGUAUAAUAGAGAUCGUAAACCUAAGAAUUUUACUCCAUUUUAACCCAAACCACAGAAUCUGGAAUAUUCUUACGGAUAGCGAUACAUCAGAUUUAUUGUUUAUUGAUAUUCUUAAAGAAGGAAAAAGAAAUUAUUACCAAAAUUUUUGUGAUUUUAUUGAUAAAAUAUCCGCUGAAUGGCAUUCAGAUAAAUCUAUUAUUGAUUUGUUAACAGCAAUCAUAUUAUUUGACCCAAAUAGACCUGAUUUAAAACAUUCUGAAUCUAUUAAACUUCAACAACAAGUUUACAUAUAUUUACUCCAACGAUAUUUGGGUAUACAGUUUGGUAGCGAUUGUUUGGCUAAGACUACGUUUUUAAGACUCUUAAAUAGUUUGAAUGACUUACACAUUAUAAACAACAAGAUUGCUCUUAAUUGGUCCGAAAGGACACCAAUAGUUCCUAUACUUAAAGAGAUUGCCGACAGAAAGUAUAGUAUAACUGAAUUUUAUUGA